UCCCCUUCUUCUACCUCCCUCUCUCCGUCUCUCUCCUCCUUGUCCCUCUCCCCUUUUUUAAAAUAAAUUCCCUUCUCCUGCAAAGCAUUACUGGGAUUUCCAUAUCGGUGAUGCAACGGGGUGAUGAGAGCGGAGGAAAUGCUGGAAAGGGAGCUAGAUCUUUUUUUUUUCUUUUUCAGAAUUCCCAUUGUCUUCGGAUGGCGAGGCUUCCGGAGACUCUGAAAAUCCAAUUCUGAGCUUGUAGGAUGAGUGGGGGGAAAGCGAGCCGCUAUACUUAACAUCGUCCCCCGAGACAGACAGAGAGACAGACAGACAGGGAUAAAACGGUGAAAUCCAAAAAGAGGGGGCCGGGGCAAAACCCUGCUUUACUGUGCCAUCCCAAGGUGAAAGAGCUGUCCUGCGGUUUCUGGAAAAGAAGAAAGGGGGACGAGAUGUAAAGAUAGUCGACAGUGUGGGAGGCGACAUUAGAAGGAGCUUCUUGGCCCAGGUUUGUGACCUGGAUUCUACAUCUCUUUCUCCGUGAGAAAAUGUCACACCUCCUUAGUAAUCAGCAGUUUCUGGUAACAACAUAACCCUGAACUGACUUCUUAAAAGCACUGCUUCCUGUCAAACCCUGCACCUCAACAUCCUGAUAGUAAACAAGAACCAGAAAAGGAAAUUUAACAGUCUAAGAUGAGCAAAGCACAGGAAACAAAACAUUUGGAAGUUCAGUACUGUCGAUCACAGUAUGAUGGAGGGGAGCAGACAGACGAGAGUGUCCCGUCCUUACAAGAUUAGCGAAUCAUCAAAGGUGUACAGAUGGGCCGACCAUCCCAGCACCGUCCUGCAGAGGCUGAACGAGCAGAGGCACCGGGGCCUCUUCUGCGACGUCGUCCUGGUCGCCGACGAGCAGCGGGUCCCCGCUCACCGAAACCUCCUGGCCGUGUGCAGCGACUAUUUCAAUUCGAUGUUCACCAUCGGCAUGCGCGAGGCCCACCAGAAGGAGGUGGAGCUGAUCGGGACCUCGUACGUCGGCCUCAAGGCGGCGGUGGACUUCCUGUACGGCGGCGAGCUCCCCCUGGACGGGGGCAACAUCGACUACGUCUUGGAGACCGCCCACCUCCUGCAGAUCUGGAAGGCGGUCGACUUCUGCUGCGAGUACCUGGAGAACGAGGUGAGCGAGGAGAACUACCUCUACCUCCAGGAGCUGGCCUCCAUUUACAACCUGAAGCGGCUGGACUCCUUCAUCGACCGCUUCAUCCUGCGCAACUUCGGCACGCUCUCCUUCACCCCGGACUUCCUGCAGAACCUCUCGGUCCAGAAGCUCUGCCAGUACCUCUGCAGCAGCCACGUGCAGCAGGAGUGCGAGCACGACCUGCUGCAGGCCGCCUUGCAGUGGCUGACCCAGUGCCCCGAGAGGGAGGCGGAUGCCUCCCGGGUCCUGGAAAACAUCCACUUCCCGCUCAUUCCCAAAAGCGACCUCCUCCACCGGGUCAAGCCGGCCGUCUGCUCCCUGCUCCCCGGGGAGGCGGACUGCGAGGGCUUCAUCGAGGAGGCGGUGAGCUACCACAACGACGUCGCCGCCCAGCCCGUCCUGCAGAACAAGCGGACCGCGCUCCGCACGGAUGAGGAGCGGCUCCUGUUUGUGGGAGGGGAGAUCUCGGAGCGGUGUCUGGAGCUCAGCGACGACACCUGCUUUCUGGACACGCAGAAGGCCCAGUGGGUCACGGAAACGCCCCUCCCGGCCAGGCGGAGCCACCACUGUGUCGCCGUGCUGGGGGGCUUCAUCUUCGUAGCUGGAGGCAGUUUCUCAAGAGACAAUGGAGGGGAUGCAGCAUCAAAUAUUCUCUAUAGGUACGAUCCCCGCUGUAACCAGUGGAUAAAGGUGGCCUCCAUGAAUCAGCACCGAGUGGAUUUCUACCUUGCGUCCAUCGUAGACAAGCUGGUCGCUAUUGGCGGAAGGAAUGAGAAUGGAGCGCUUUCUUCGGUGGAGACCUACAGCCCUAUAAGUGAUUCCUGGUCCUAUGUAGCAGGCUUGCCAAGAUUUACUUAUGGUCACGCUGGCACCGUCUACAAGGAGUGCAUUUAUAUAUCGGGAGGACACGAUUAUCAAAUCGGUCCUUACAGGAAAAACCUCCUCCGCUAUGACCACCGCACGGACGUUUGGGAAGAAAAGAGACCCAUGAUCACCGCCCGGGGAUGGCACAGUAUGUGCAGCUUGGAGGACAACAUCUAUUCCAUCGGAGGCAGCGAUGAUAACAUCGAAUCCAUGGAACGCUUUGACAUUCUGAGCGUGGAGUCCUACAGCCCUCAGUGCAAUCAGUGGACCAGAUGUGCGCCCUUGUUGCAGGCCAACAGCGAGUCUGGUGUGGCAGUCUGGGAAGGGAAGAUUUAUAUCCUGGGGGGGUACAGCUGGGAAAACACAACCUUCUCCAAAACGGUGCAGAUUUAUGACCCGGAGAAGAAUAAGUGGUGCAGGGGGACGGACCUUCCCAAGGCUAUCGCUGGAGUGUCCGCGUGUGUUUGUGCGUUGAAGCCCAGGCCGGAAGAUAAAAAGAAAAAGAUUAAAACAAAGAAGCAUCAGGACCGAGGCCGAUGACUCGGUGGGGAUAACCCAGUCUCGGGGAGUGAGAAAGCAACAACUUUUUAAUAUCUCUUGGUUUUAAAAAAAAAAAAAAGAAAAUAAUGGGAAUUUGUGAAACUUAAGGAAGUGUGCUGUGCAUGUAUUCCCGGGGAUCCUGGCAAGAAAAGUGCUAUUUUGGUGAGGUGGAGAUGAAUGUUCGGUAAUCCUGUUGUACAUUUAGCCGCAGCUUAUCACAUAGCUGGUGCCUGACAGUGCCGCAGAUUAAUAACAGGUUAAUGUUACACAGACUGCUGAAUACUUUUAACUUACUUAAAAAGUAAAUAGGAGACAGAGGUCAGGGUGUCUGUAUUUUAUAACGUCGGUUUCCCUCCCAGCACAAAGACCUGUAGUGGAAAUAUUCAGACUACAAAACUCAUGUGAUAACUUUGUCAGUAGUCUCAUCUCACUGAGGUUUUGUUUUUAAUGCCUUUUAGAAUCACUAUUAUUUAGUAUGCAGAUUAGAUUGCCAAAAGUCUGGUACGUAGCGGUAAAAUACUGAAUUUCUUAAGCCGAUGGCCUUGCUUGAUUAUUACAUUGAAAGGAUAUCUCUCAAAGUGAGUUGCCCGACCAGGGUGAGAUUAAGACUGCAUUUUUACUUGAGACAUUUCAGGGUUGUAUUAUUUUGUAAGGACCAGCUAGCACUGAUGAGGGGAGAUGGUCGAUUUGAGCCUCCCAUUAGUUAGUUGAACUGCCCUCUGGUGUCUAGUUGGCUGCAUUUGGCCGAUUCUGGCAUGGAGAAUCCCAUUUUCUUGUUCUCAGUAUUGAAACAGGGAAAGCUGUUGGGAAGUUCUCUGAGUUUCAUUUAUAGUCCUAUGAAAGCAACUUCAGAAUGAGAAUAUCCAGUUGAAAGUCUUUAAGAUUGGGCUAACUAAUGAAAUUUGGUUUAGUGGGUUUAGUUUUUUUUUUUUACAUUAGUUUUAUUUUAGCUUUUACGGUCCACGCGAAACACCUGCAUGACCAGUGUAUUUUGGAUAAUAUUCUUAAUGACAUUUCCAGAUGUCAGUGGUUAAUGCAUAGAUAAUACAGCUACUACUUCUGGCAGACAUCAUUAUGUUAACGUAAUCAUGAUUGGUUUAGCAUGUUGGAUUCCAAAAUCAUUCUAAAACAAUACCCAAAGCACCCAAGAUCAUGAUUUGUUCAGCAUGUUGGAUCGCAAAAUCAUUCUAAAACUUAAUACCCAAAGUACCCAAAAUCAUGAUGAGUUUAGCAUGUUGGAUCGCAAAAUCAUUCUAAAACUUAAUACCCAGAGAAUCCAAAAUCAUGAUUAGUUAGCAUGUUGGAUCCCAAAAUGAUUCUGAAACUUAAUAUCCAAAGCUUCCAAGCAAAAGCUAACCAACUCAGCCGCGUGGAGGACGAUGAAAACUUAGUUUUAAAAAAAAAUCAAAAUACAUACCAAUUCAGUUUGGCAGUGGAGAUUUUAAUAAUUCAUCACAGUGAUUAAAGUAUUUAAGGAGCUGACAGAAUCAAUUGUAAAUUGACAAGAACAUUUUGCAGUGAGAGGGUUGAGAAAAACUUUAAAAAUGUUUUAAAUCACAUUUCACUAAUUUAAAAUAAUUAUUCACAGAAUAUGUAGACCUUAGCAUGGAAGCUCCUCAUGGGUAGGAAACUUGCCACCACUCUAUCUAGAUUUUCCCAAAUACAGUACCUGGUGGGUGUUCAAUGAAUACUCUUACUGCCACUAGAAAUCUGGCUAAUCGGGGAAAGCCCUAGAAAUUCUUACCCUCCUAGGCUUCCUGUCUCAUCUCCUAGUCAAGCCAGGAAUUCUAUUCUUGGAUAGCCUGUGAGUUUGACAAUAGUUUAAUUGGGAUCAGAGGAUAUGGAGAGGGAAGACCAUAAAUUUAAGCUAUCUUGAAGGUUUUGGAUAGCUUGAAAAUGAGUGGAAGCUGUUGCUCCAAUUCAUGAUAGGCUGAAUUUCACUUAUGGUGAUUUUCAUUCAUUCAGUAGUAUUUAUUGAGCGCUUACUAUGUGCAGAGCACUGUACUAAGCACUUGGAAUGUACAGUUCGACAACAGAUAGAGACAAUCCCUGCCCAAUGAUGGGCUCUCGAUUUUGAUAUUGCCGAAGUGUCCUCCAGUGUCCACUCACUUGCUGAGCGUAUUAAGGAUGACAUUUUAGCCAUGACUGAAAUUUCUUGGAUUUUCUGUGUUACUGACUUUAAUAUAACAUUUUGUGGUGGGUCUCUCUCUCAAAUGUUUACGGUGAAGACCCCAUCAGCAGAAUGGUACGGAGUCUAAAGCAUCAGCUUUGACGGAGGGUGUGGUUGGUUUUUUUCCAUUUUUAAGCAAGUACUCAGUGUUAUUUACAAUGGAAUUGUAUACUGUGAAGAUGAAUCAACUAUACUAUGCCUCCCUCUUCAAAUGUCCAAAGGUUUUUGAAGAUUAUAUAGUAUUUGCUGCACAUGUAUCUUAUUCUUAACCAAGUAAGUCUACAACAGAGACUAAUUUCUUGCAGGUUAAUAUAAAUAAUCCAGUAUUUCAAGAAGGUUCAGUUACUUAAUCUAUAAAUUCAAAAAAGAAUUUCACUUAAAAUUAUGGGCAAUUUUCUGAGUAACAUUUUAAAUGAAUAUUAUGUUACAAAAUAAAAACAAAAUUUGACUAACAAAGAGGAUCAACAUACAGCUUUUAAAGUUCAUCUUCACGAGGACGAGUGAUUUGUUUAGAGAAGCAGCAUGGCUCAGUGGAAGGAGCACGGGCUUUGGAGUCAGAGGUCAUGGGUUCGAA